AUGAAGGCUCCGAGGCCGGACCGGCAACACUCAUCUCCACGGUUAACAUUCGCUGUCUCAUCAAUCUUUUUUCUCAUUUUCCUUUGUGUACUAACAUCAAUCAACGAAUUCCGAUUCGAAGGUCUAGUGAAGCUUGGCAGGUCCGCUCUCUCCAACAUCCCUCACUACAACUUCUAUGCAUGUUAUUCCAACAAUUCAUCCCUUGCAAACAACAUUUCUACUUCUCCGGCACCGGCACCUGCACCAGAACUGCGAAUACUACUCGGGAUAUUAACGUUACCGGAUCAGUAUCAGCGCCGCCACUUCCUCCGACUAAUCUAUGGUACUCAAUCAGUACCACUCGGUGCACAAGUAGAUGUAAAGUUUGUGUUUUGUAACUUAACCAAGGAGGAUCAAACUGUCUUAGUAGCACUUGAAAUCAUGAGAUACGAUGACAUCAUUAUUCUCAAUUGCAAAGAGAAUAUGAAUAAAGGUAAGACUUAUACAUACUUCUCGAGCUUGCCGGAGAUAUUUAACAACACCGACGAUGACGGCAGCCCAAACCCGCCGUACCAUUACGUGAUGAAGGCUGAUGAUGAUAUAUAUAUUAGGUUAAAUAGCUUGGUAGAGUCUUUAAAGCCAUUACCUAGAGAUGACUUGUACUAUGGUUAUGUAAUUCCAUGCUCAAGCAUGAAUCCUUUUGUUCACUAUAUGUCUGGUAUGGGUUAUCUGAUCUCAUGGGACCUUGUGGAGUGGAUUAGAGAUUCCGAUGUACCGAGGAACCACACGGAGGGACCGGAGGAUAAGGUUUUCGGCGAUUGGAUGCGUGACGGUCACCGGGGGAAGAACAGAUAUAAUGCCAAGUGGUCGAUGUACAACUUUCCAAUCCCGGCGACUAAAUGUACACAUGAGCUGUGGCCGGAUACUGUUGCUGUUCACCUUCUUAAGAAUCAAGAGAAGUGGAUUCAGACCUUGAAGUACUUCAAUGUUACUAACAAUCUUAAACCAUCUAAACUCUAUCAUAUUCCUUAGGUAAUGUCUCACCAUUUUUGUUCAUUCUUUCUGUUCACAAUUUAUUGUUGAAUAAUAACCUGUUCUCAGUGAUUC